ACUACUGCUAAAUUUAAAAUCAUCUUCUUUUGGUUCUCAAUGAGUUAAACAGGAAAUCACUUUUCUUCCCUUUGCUCGAAUUUUUAAGUUCCUUUUCUAUUCUUUGACAUCCGUUACAUAACAUUACAUGUUAGUUCAUUGAAUUCUGAUCUGAUUGUAGGAGAUAAACCUUUUUUGGGUUUUGGAAAUUGGGUUCUUUGCAUAAUUGCACUGGCCUUUGCUGAAUUUCUGUUGGGAGGAUCCGGUGGAAACUAGCUGUUCUCUGUUUUGCUACUGGUUGUGGGAUGUGGCACAUUGCCAAAACUAAAGAAAGCUUGAAUUUCUUCUGUUCCUAUAUUUUGAUCCAGGAAAGGAAGCUUGAGUGUUUUUCACAAUCCUUGAUCUGAAAGGAAGCCGUUUUUGGCCUAUUUUUCUAUGAGCCUCCUGGUUUUAGACCAAAAAUGGAGCAAUUUCGACAGAUCGGGGAGGUGCUAGGGAGUUUGAAGGCUUUAAUGGUAUUUCGUGACAGCAUCCAGAUCAACCAGAGGCAAUGCAUUUUGUUACACGAUAUGUUUAGUUUCGCAUACAGAUCGAUAGCAGAUGAAAUGAGAGAGAACCUGAAAUUUGAAGAAAGGAACAUCAAAUGGAAAGUUCUUGAAAUGCCUUUCAGAGAGCUCCACAGGGUUUUCAAAGAAGGGGAAGCCUACAUCAGGCAGAGCUUGGAAUCCAGAGACUGGUGGGCUAAAGCCAUUACUCUCUAUCAGAAUUCGGAUUGCGUCGAGUUACAUAUCCAUAACUUGCUUUCCUGCAUCCCUGUUGUCAUCGAAGCAAUCGAAACUGCAGCAGAAUUAUGUGGUUGGGAACAAGAUGAAAUGCAAAAGAAGAGGCGGGUGUACUCCAACAAGUACCAUAAAGAAUGGAUUGAUCCUCAGCUUUUCCAGUGGAGAUUUGCAAAGCAGUACCUUAUUACACAAGAUUUUUGCAAUAGGAUUGACACUGUUUGGAAAGAAGAUAGAUGGAUCCUUCUAAACAAAAUCCUGGAAAAGAAAAGCAUGGGUUCGAGAAAGCAGGAGCGCAAACUUGCAGAUUUGCUUUUGAGAAACUUAGAUAGUUCAGAGUCUUUGAAUGGGAGGCUCUUACCGAGUACAAUGCUAUUAGGGUCUAAGGACUACCAGGUUAGACGGCGGCUUGGAAACGGGAGUCAAUAUAAGGAGGUCUACUGGUUAGGUGAAAGCUUUGCUUUGAGACAUUUUUUUGGAGACGUAGAAGCAGUAGCUCCUGACAUUUCUUCUUUAUUAUCUCUUUCCCACCCAAACAUACUGCAUUUCCUCUGUGGAUUUACUGAUGAUGAGAAGAAGGAAUGUCAUUUGGUCAUGGAACUAAUGAAUAAAAGCCUUCGCAACUACGUAAAAGAGAUUUGUGGCCCAAGAAAGCGAGUACCAUUUUCUCUUGCGGUUGCUGUUGAUCUAAUGCUUCAAAUAGCGAGAGGAAUGGAAUAUCUCCACUCAAAUAAAAUCUACCACGGUGAUUUAAAUCCUUCCAACAUUCACGUCAAGUCAAGAGGAAUGUUCACGGAAGGGUACAUGCAGGCAAAGGUUUCAGGAUUUGGCUUAUCUUCCAUAGUUCAUUUACCACAAAAGAACACAUUGAUGAACCAGAAUGAAACCCUGCCAUUCGUCUGGCAUGCUCCAGAGGUUCUAGAAGAGCAGGAGCAGACAGGAAGUAAAGGGAAUUCAAAGUACACAGAAAAAGCUGAUGUUUACAGCUUCGGAAUGAUUUGCUUUCAGCUUCUAACUGGAAAAGUCCCAUUUGAAGAUAGCCAUCUUCAAGGGGACAAAAUGAGCCCAAACAUCAGGGCAGGGGAGAGGCCAUUAUUUCCUUUCCAGUCACCAAAAUGUGUAACCAACCUGACCAAGAAAUGUUGGCAUGCUGAUCCAAAUCUACAGCCUAGCUUCUCAUCCAUCUGCAGAAUUCUUCGGUAUGUAAAACGGUCCCUUCUAAUGAAGCCUGAUUAUUAUAACAACCAGUCAGAAUUACCAAUGCCAGUGGUGGAUUACUGUGACAUUGAGUCAAAGCUUCAACGAAAAUUCCCCACAUGGGAGGCUUCCAAUCCGUUACCUAUAUCACAAAUCCCUUUUCAGAUGUUUGUUUAUAGAGUACUGGAAAAGGAGAAAAUAGGUCAUUCUCUCAAAGACACUUCAGAAUCAGGAAGUGACAGAACUUCAGUUAGUGGGGAUGAAAAUGCCACUGCUGAUGACCCAUUGUCAUCAACAACUGAGAGGAGGUCCUUACCUUCGCCUGAAUCGACUCCCAGGAGACUUUCAGCAUUGAAAAAAUCUCCUGAUAUUAGAGCAAAACAUCCAGUGACACCAAAAGGAAGAGCAGUAAGACCUCCUCAACUGAGCCGUUGUGGGCGCAGUUUAAGAAUGAAUUCAGAAAGCCAGCUACUUCUAACAAGUCCAAGAAUACGGAGGACAGCAUCCGGUCAUGCCUCAGAUUCCGAGCUCUCCUAGCCUUCAACACUUUGAGCACUCAGACACAGAAAGAAAGCUGAUCUAGUUUCCAGUGAUUAAAUGCUUUUCCAGAUCAAUUAUAGUGAAAAGCACACCUCCAGCUGAAGAUAUA